AUCAACAGAGACGCAAUGGCCGAGCCGACGAGGCGCGCGCGAGUCGACUUCGAGCGGCGGCCCCCCGUCAUGCCCAUUCUGCGGCGCCAGCAGCACCGUGGUCGCGUAGUCGCCGCCUCGCUCCUGGUGGACGGCGUGGGUCGUGCGGCAGUGCGCUGCGGCUCCGUCGAUGCCCUGUUCCGCAGACGGCCCGAGGGCCGCGUGGCAUCGCCUGCGGCUGCCCGAUGCCGAAGCCAGGAACGAGCCCCCCGGGGAACCUACGGCGGCGGCGGCGGCGGCUGGGCCGUCGGGCGCAGGUUGGCUGAACUAAAAAAGGAAGAAGGCAAUGAACUGUAUGGUCUUAUGAAGUACGAUGAAGCAGUCAAGCGUUACACAGAAGCUAUUGAACUGGACGGGAGCAACGUGGCCUACUACUCUAAUCGAGCAGCUUGUUACAUUAUGCUGGGGAACCACAGGGCCGCUUUGGAAGACUGCCACCAGGUUCUGCAGAGAGAUCCACGCAACGUCAAGAGCUUGAUGCGCGAAGCCAAGUGCUACAUCGCAUUAGGUUACCCUGCUGCGGCAAUGCGAAGCCUUCACUUGCUCCGUGAUCUGGAUCCCCAGAAUCCCGCCCUCCUUCGCGAGCUGAAAAGUGCAGAAAUCCUGCAGCACUUCCUGGAUGAAGGUGAUAAGGCCUAUGAAGCACAGAACUAUGAAAAGGUAAUCUACUGCAUGGAUCGUGCAUUGCAGCAAGCCGUGUCCUGUUCCAAGAUUGAAGUGCUCAGAGCAGAGAGUCUCGCCCUCUUGAAGCGAUUGCCUGAUGCACGCCAGAUUGCCAACGACAUUAUGCGAGCCGAACCCACAAACGCAGAUGCCAUGUAUGUAAGAGGUUUGUGCUUCUACUAUGAGGACAAUAUUGAGAAAGCCCUCCAACACUUCCAGCAAGUUUUGAGACUAGCACCAGACCAUCCCAAGGCAUCUGCAGCAUACAAGAAAGCACGUCUAUUGAAGUCAAAGAAGGAUGAAGGCAACGAGGCAUUCAACAGAGGGAACUUUCAAGAGGCAUUUAACAUCUACACAAGUGCUUUAGAAGUGGAUCCAAGCAACAAACUUGCAAAUUCAAAAUUGUACUUCAACCGUGCCACUGUCUGCUCAAAGCUUAACAAGCUCAACCAAACAGUUGAAGACUGCACUACUGCCAUAUCUUUGAAUGAAGAUUACCUGAAGGCUUACUUGAGGCGGGCCAAAACCUACAUGGAUCUGGAAAUGUAUGACGAGGCUGUUCGGGACUACGAGCGCAUCUUGCGGAAAGACCAUACUAGAGAAAACAAACGACUGCUAGAUCACGCAAAAUUAGAGCUGAAGAAGAGCAAGCGCAAGGACUACUACAAGGUUCUUGGAAUCCCAAAGGAUGCAACUGUCGAUGACAUCAAAAAGGCCUACAGGAAGCGCGCCCUCCUACACCACCCUGAUCGACAUUCCAAUGCUUCAGAGGACAUGAAGCGGGAACAAGAGAAAAAAUUCAAAGAGCUUGGUGAGGCCUACAACAUUCUCUCUGACCCCAAGAAGCGCAUGCGUUAUGAUGAAGGCCGUGAUUUGGAAGACAUGGACAGCUUUUCUUCAGAUGGCAAUGCCCAUGUUUAUCGGUCAUUCUUCGAAGCCCCUGGAUUCUUCUCCACGGGUGGUAGUUCCUUCCAACAUGAUGCAGGGUUUGCCUUUCCAGGAGGCUUCAGUUUUCAAUUUGGAUAAAUCUGAAAUUUGACUGCCAAGUGUGGCCAUUUUAUUGUUACAAAUUUACAAAAUAACUGUCUGCAGUCUUCAUGUUAGAUGCUAAGCGAUUUCCUUGCCUUUAUUUUUUUUUUUUUUUUUAAUCCAUGCACUGUCACCUUUGCAGUAAAUGCCAAUGUUCAUAGAGGGUGCAUGAUGAUUUUGUUUGGAUGUGUUCAUUAGUUUUCACCCUCAUUCAAAGCAGUUGUCAACAGUCAAUAAAAGCAUUCCAUCAGUGCA